CGCGGACCCGUCCGGCCCCCCGGCGCUGUGUCCUCAUGCCGGUGUCCUCUCUGCGCUGCGUUCGCCGUCCACAAGGACUCCAGGCCCGCGGCGGGUCGUGAGGGAUAGCGGCUUUGCCAGACGCGGGGCGGAGUCCAUCGCGGGCUUCUUGUCCCUGGGGGGAGCUGGAGCCCCGUUUUCCGAGAUCCCGCUGUGCGCCGGCUGCGACCAGCACAUCCUGGACCGCUUCAUCCUCAAAGCCCUGGACCGACACUGGCACAGCAAGUGUCUCAAGUGCAGCGACUGCCACACGCCGCUGGCCGAGCGCUGCUUCAGCCGCGGGGAGAGUGUCUACUGCAAGGACGACUUCUUCAAGCGCUUCGGGACCAAGUGCGCCGCGUGCCAGCUGGGCAUCCCGCCCACGCAGGUGGUGCGCCGGGCGCAGGACUUCGUGUACCACCUGCACUGCUUCGCCUGUGUCGUGUGCAAGCGACAGCUGGCUACGGGCGACGAGUUCUACCUCAUGGAGGACAGCCGGCUGGUGUGCAAGGCGGACUACGAGACGGCCAAGCAGCGGGGUCAGUGCCGAGCACGACGGUCACCCGGGCCUGCCUCCGCGGGGAGACUCCCACCUUUCCCGGGGGCCAGUCCCAGACCUGCCCCGCGCCCGGCCGCGCCUCCGCUCACCCGGCCUCCGCCCCGGCCCCAGGUCUGGUUCCAGAACCGCCGGGCCAAGGAAAAGAGGCUGAAGAAGGACGCCGGCCGGCAGCGCUGGGGACAGUAUUUCCGCAACAUGAAGCGCUCCCGGGGCGGCUCCAAGUCGGACAAGGACAGCGUCCAGGAGGGCCAAGACAGCGACGCGGAGGUCUCCUUCACGGAUGAGCCCUCCAUGGCAGAGAUGGGCCCCGCCAACGGUCUCUACAGCAGCCUGGGGGAGCCUGCCUCGACCUUGGGCCGACCCUCGGGAGCCCUGGGCAGCUUCUCCCUGGAGCACGGAGGCCUGGCAGGCCCAGAGCAGUUCCGAGAGCUGCGCCCCAGCAGUCCCUACGGCGUGCCGCCAUCCCCUGCCGCCCCGCAGAGCCUCCCCGGCCCCCAGCCCCUCCUCUCCAGCUUGGUGUACCCCGAUGCCAGCUUGGGCCUGGUGCCCUCGGGGACCCCAGGCGGACCCCCACCCAUGAGGGUGCUGACCGGGAACGGACCCAGCUCUGACCUAUCCACGGGGAGCAGCGGGGGGUACCCCGACUUCCCUGCCAGCCCCGCCUCCUGGUUGGACGAGGUGGACCACGCUCAGUUCUGACCCAGGCCCCUGCUCCACCCAGCACCGGACACAAGGAAUCGUGGCGGCGCUGCCCCUGGGUGGGUGGCUCGGG